AUGCCGAUGCUUCAGGAGAAGCCGACGAUGGCCGAUGUUAUUGAGGACGUGCUGUUGCCAAAAGAUUCUUCUGGUGUUGUAACCAGGACAAUUACACUGCAAAGAACAGCGGGAAGAGAUACAGGUCGGGAAUUUGGACAUAGGGCGCUGUGGAAGAACAUACGUAAAAAGGUUCCUACUGGAAUAGGUUAUACAGCGAUGUCUGGACUAAUUUGCGGCAAUUUAAGUAUACAGCGUGUAUGGUUCAAAAUUGAACCUGCUGCUGUGUAA